AUCACAACCCGGUAGUGGCUCUUGCAGGGUUGGAAUUUCACGACUUCGAGAUAGCAAAGUGCUCACACGCAUCUUCCUCUUCCCCACUUCCGGCCACCUCCGUCAAGCGCCGUCUCGCACGCCCGUCGUUGCAAUGGCUCAACAAGAACCUCUGACGCCAUUUGGCAAUGCCUUGGCUGGCGCACUGGGCGGCGUAUUCUCCAACGCCGUCAUCUAUCCUCUCGAUACCGUCAAGACGCGGAUCCAGGCUGACCAGGGCCCAAAGAAUGACGCCAAGAAGAAGGGUCAGGUGACCGUGCGCAAGGGCGCUGGUCUCCUCGAGGGAGUCAUGACCAUCGCUCGAUCCAAGGAGGGUGUCACGGGUCUGUACAGAGGAUUCGGCGCAUCGAUGGUCAACACCUUUUCCACCCAAUUCGCCUACUUCUAUUGGUACACUGUUGUUCGGACGCUCUACGUCAACCGACUCGCCACAAAGGGCAAGGGAGGUGUCGCGCAGCUCUCGACGGCCGUCGAGCUCCUCUUGGGUGCCGUCGCUGGCGGCCUGGCGCAGAUCUUCACCAUCCCCGUCAGCGUCAUUGCUACGCGGCAGCAGCUGGGCGGGCCGAGGAGCGACGAGGAGGACAUCGUGGAGAAGAAGCAGGAGUUGGCGGCUGCAAACUCACCUGCUCAGCCUACGGCGUCGGCCAAGGCCAAGAGCGCAGCAGUUACUGCAGGAAAGUCGGUCGCGAAGGUGGCCAACCCGUCGGACCCGGACAGCUUCCUGGGCGUCGCAAGGGAAAUCCUUCGCGACGACGGCAUCACUGGGCUUUGGAGGGGUCUCAAGCCUAGUCUCGUCCUCACCGUGAACCCUGCCAUCACUUACGGUGUCUUUGAGCGCGUCAAGAACAUCAUCUUGGCUGCGUCGGAUGGCAAGAUGACGCCUGCCAAGUCGUUCCUCGUUGGUGCCGUCUCCAAGACGCUGGCUACUCUCGUCACGUUCCCCUACAUUCUCGCAAAGGUUCGCCUGCAGGCAAAGGACACGCCGUACACGGGCGCAAUCGACGUGCUGCAAAAGGUCUUUAAGCGAGAGGGCGUCAUUGGCUGGUACAAGGGAUGCCAGAGUCAGGUGACAAAGGCCGUCCUGGCCCAGGCCCUGCUCUUCUACUUCAGAGACUACUUUGAGGUCUGGACGAGAAAGAUCCUCUACUCGGCAAAGAAGCCCUGAAGGAGCCAGGCUUCAGCAAUUGGAUCACGUCUCCCCUUCUCCCUCUCCCUCUCUCUCUUCCCUCACGUUGCUGCCGGACUCCGUCUCCAACUUACGAACCAAGACCUCACAAACUGUCUUGUAUAGCUCGCUUGGCACUCAAUGAGAUUCUUUUCCAUAGA